AUGAUUGGAAUUUCUAUUCUUAUUUUCAUUAUUUCGAUGAAAACUGCCGUUACCACAAAUAAUUCAGCAUUGAAUCGUUCUCUCGUCUUUUCUGUUUGUCAUCAGGAUGGACCUGGACUACAAACAAUUUUGAAAUCCAUCGAUCGACCAUCGUACUUUUACUUUGCCAGUCAACCAUCGUCGACCUUGUCGUCUUUUUCAUCAUCCAUACAUCUGUCCUUUUGUGAACAUCAACAUUCUACUUAUUAUUUACCAAGUGGUUUUUCUAUCCUUCGUUCUUCGCCACGACUUCCUUUAGCUGCCAUCGCUGACAAGGAAGAUUCGUCGUCCUAUCAUAACACUAUUCUUAACACUACUGAUCAAUCGACAUCGGCAACUAAUAAUAUGAUCACAACUGUAAUGUCGUUAGCAUCAUCAUCAUCAUCAACACCAUCAUUACAAGAAAAACAUUUAGUCAUCAAUAUGGACAAUAAUCUUCAUCUGACAACAACAGCAACGUUAUCGAAUAGCAGUUUUCCUUAUACAUCAUUGGCAACGACAAUUCAACACGGACAGCGAACAUUUUACGUGAUGUUACUUUCAGGAUGUGGUGCAGCUGGACUUCUGAUUCUUAUCACGAUUUAUACAAUUAUUAAAUAUUACAAUCGGGAUGAAGGCUCUUACAAGAUUGAUGAGAGUAAAAACUUUAGUCCGGAGAAUCAUUUAGAACGUCUGAAUGACAGUGGUCGUGGCAGUAAAAUUCCAACGGUAAAACAGCAUCGGCAGAAAUUAUUAACAGUCAACGAACAAUCACUUGCGAAUACGAAAGAGUGGUAUGUGUAG